AUGACGAGCCAUGUGUCGUUGACGCCUACGGAGGAAGCGCAGCAGUACAUUACUGCAUUCCUGCACGAUGCUCUCACAGCUUCGCUCCCUCCAGGUCUGCUGGAUCUGCUACGCAGCAACAAAUUGACCUUGCUGGGACUCAUCAGACUGCUAGGCGAUGCGCUCCAAUCUUCCGAAGAGGAAUCGCGCGGAAAAGGUCUUCGAUUGCUAUGCCUCGUCGUUCUCUCCUUCUCCCAGCAACUUUCAGAGGCAAAGGCGAGGGCGAAUGGGGAUGGGGAUGGGGAUGGGCAUAGAGAUGGAGAUGGGCAUGAUGUGCAGGUGCAGGUGCAGGUGCAGACGCAGGUGCAGACGCAGGUGCAGCUGCUGGGCAGACAAGAAACGUUGGUGCUGUGCAAUUUCUUGAGCACCAAGGUGGAGGAUGCGGUGGUGAUCGCUGAUGCGCUGGCUAGGAGGUACAACGAUAAGGAGCAGGUGAUCCCUGGCAGUCUGCCUCAUCGCUUCAAGGGCGUGCCUACGGGUGCAGAGAGCUUGGUGGACACGAUCAGAGCGCUCGCCUCUCUUACCCAAUCCACUCACUUUGCCAAGCAGAAUGCUGCAGAAAUCGCAGAAAACAUCUUGACGCACAUCACACCCUCUCACUACCCUCAAGCCGUGCGCUACGAAAUCUAUCGACUGCUAGACUUGCUCAUCUCCAACCACAGAUCCGCCCUCUUCUCCACUCCGGAGCGCAGGGAUGCCUUCCUCAAGGGCUACAUCAAGUUGGUAGAGGGCGAAAAGGACCCUAGGAACCUGUUGUUCUGCUUUGCCAUGGAUCACGUGCUCAUGAGGGAGUGUCAGUUGAGCCCCGCAUUGGCCGAGCUUCUUGGGCGAGAGUUGUGCAAUUCGAUGGCCGAGCCACUGAAACGUUGGCCCACCUUCUCGUCACUAAAGAGCUUCUUCGAUGUGACGUACUGCUACUUCCCAAUCACCUUUGUCGCACCUCCCAACGAUCCCUACGGCAUAUCCAACCUGGACCUCACGCUAGCUCUGCGCCAAUGCCUCACCUGCACACCCAGCAUAGCCCCCUUUGCCAUGCCCUUGCUUCUCGAAAAGCUGGCUGCGAGCGGUGGCAAAGCAAAGAUGGAAACGUUGAGGGUGUUGGAGCAAGCUCUGCCAGUCUUUGGUCAAGAGGCCUGUCUGGCGCAUGUCAAGAGGAUAUGGGAGGGCGUCAAGAUCGAAAUCCUGCACGCUACGGACGAAGCCACAUCGUACCUAUCCGAGCGCGUGCUCGUGUCUCUUUUGCGCGUGCUGUACGCAGACGCCAAGACGGCCGAGGGACAAGCGCCUGUGAUAGUCUCGGAAUGUCUGGAGAUCCUCGAAGAGCCUUCCAAAUCCUUGGCUGGCGGCGCAACGACGAUAUUGAGCGAUCUGGUACGAGCAAGCAUCUCCACUUCCUAUCUGGCCAUCUUUGCCACGUUGGAUCAACUGCUGACGUACUGGAAGAAUGUGGAAGAGGUGGAGAUGAGGGGAACGAUUUUGAGGCGCAUCUCUAAGCUGGUGGAAGCGCUGAGGCAGGCACACGAAGGAAGACGAGAGUGGGCUAAUGAGCAGGCGCUAAAGGAGUUGAAGGAAAAGGAAAAGGAAAUGAGGGGAGAGAGCGAGGGAAUGAAGAUUCAGUUGCCCAUGGCUCUGAUGCCGGCUCACCAGGAGCAGAGCAGACCUGCUUCUAAUGUCGAUGAUGCGACGCGCACUACCCCUCCCAGCUCGAUCUCAACCUCGCAGAGAGACUACGACACGGAUCAAAGACCUCUCGAUCCUUUCCGGUCGGAUCUGAUAUCUUGCCUCUCCAACGCGCUCCAAAGCACCUCUUUCAAACCUCAAGCUCUUCAACUCCUAUCUCCUCUGCUACACAUCAGGUCUUUUCUGGACGAAGCAGAGAUCAAAUUUGUUUUGAGUCUAGUUAAUGAACUCAUUGUGGAUGUGCAAGCGGACGGUAGUAGCAGCGUCAAGAGGAACUUGAACGAGGAUGUGAGGGUGGAAGCGCUUCGAGGUCUGAAGGAAUUUGCCAGCGUCAAGGCCAGGCUGUUGGAAGAGACUACUCUGCCGUUGCUGUUUGGAGCUCUGCCAGAUCGGAUCGAGGUGGGGAUGCCCAACGCCGCCUCUGAGCACACUGCUUCCUCCACCUCCACCUCCGAGCUGCACCAGGAAAGGCUGCAGAGAACAAUGAAUACGACCCGACUAGCCCUGAGUGCCCUGGCUUCUCUCUGCGCUCAACCCGAUCUCUUCUCCCUCUUUGUCCCAAGAGUGUUCAACAAACUUCAAAGCGUCUGCCCACCUUCCUCUCAGCCUGCUUUGUCGAUGGAAGCGAAGCGCCUGCAGGAUGAACUAAAUGGAGGGUAUGCUAGAGGUCUAUUGGAAACUUUGAGGACGCUCUUGCAGAGCAAAGAAAAGGAAGCACAUACGGACUUGCCUAGGUACGCUUCGGAUCUCUUGCCGAGACUUUUGGCGCUCGUCAUAGAUGGUGCCAUUUCGUCUUUCUCCUGCUCCGGCUCGUCUAGCCAAGACGAAAAGGAGGCUGGAAAUACCGCCAACGAUUGGAGGUUCGUGCAGGGUGUGGGAGAGAUCGUCUGCAUGCUAGUCAAGUUCUUGACGUUGGAGCGACAAGAAAGAUUAUCAAGAGGGCUGCAUGCGCUUGUUCUGCGCGGCACGUUGGAUAGCGCAUUGGCACUUCCGCUUCGAUCCCUUCCCACCACCCCUAGCACCAUCCAAUUUUGUCCCCUCACGACAGGUGCGCCUCCUUCGCAUCGAGCAGCUCUUCCAGCUAUCCUAGACGCUCUUCGAAGUCUCGACAAGGCCGUCUCCUUUCCCCCUUCUAGCCCGGACGCGCAAUCUUUCCCGUCGAGGGAGUGGACAGAGAAGCUUUUGGAGUAUGCGAGUGCCAGCGCACAGGAUAGGUCUGCUGCCGGUCGAGCGCAGGAGAGAGCGGCCAGGGCUGCGCUAUGCGUCUUUUUCAACAAGAACGUAGAAGAACCCUUGAGCGCUUCGUUGGUGGAGCUUUUGGACGAGACGUGGGAGCAGGGCGUACUUGGUCGAUCGACGAAACAAAAAGAAGAAGAAGCAGAAGAAGGGCUGCAGAGACAAAGAAUCUACCUUAGAUGCUACGCUGCGAUGGUCAAGGGAAUGGUGGCAAGGAAUAGCAAGGCUGCUCCAUUCGCCCUGGACAGGAUCAUGCGACUUUUCCAACAUGCCCAAUUGGGCAGAGAUGCGGCGAGAUGCCUGGGCGAUGUGGCACCGGAUGAGGAGGGACUGUUGAGCAAGAAGAAUGGAGCUGUGCUCAAGCUCUUGCACAAACAACGUUUCUACUCCUUUGUCAUUCCUCGAAUCGUCGAUGGAUUCCGGACAUCUCAAAGCGAAGAUUUGAGUCGCGAUGCAGAGCCAGCGUCAGAGAGGCCGGAUCAGCGGAACAAGAGUCGAGCAGGAGUCUACCUCCUGGCACUGUCCAGUCUACUCCCCUCCAUGCCUCGUCAGACCAUCCUAGAACGUCUCAAAGAUCUCUUCCCGCUCUUGAUCCUCGCUUUAGACUUGCAGGACUCGGCAGCGAAGGCUAGCGCGGCCACCACCAUUGCUGUUUCGGCCGCUAUUGGAAAGAAGGAGAGACGGGAAGAUUUGUUGGCGCAGAGCAUACCGGAAGGUGCACCGACUGGAAAAGAGCCCUUGCCAUUGGAUUUGGUGGAGCAGCAUUUUGGGACGAUUGUGACGAGACUUGUUGCGGCUGCUCGGCCCGCCCCUAGCAAUCCGGAGUCGACCAGAAUAGCUGCGCUGAGAGCUCUCGCCGUGCUCGCUCGCACCGUAUCCUAUGCUGUUCUGCAUCCUCACAAAGUAAAGGUGAUCCGUACGCUGGCGGAAAAGGGUUUGGGCAUCGAUGAUCCGAGAAGAGAAGUGAGGAUCGAGGGCGUGGAUACUAGAGAGGCUUGGCUCGCUAUCAAGGGACAGAACAGCGAGGACACGUAG